CGCAGACCGACAAGGCAACAAUUACGCUUUGGGGAUAAAACGAGGCGCAGAGAGCGGGCUGGGGCAUUUCUCCCCGAGAUGGCGGGUCCGACAGCUGCAGCCCUGUGGCCCGGAGCCCUCCUGCUUCUGCUGUGUAUCCUCCACCCCUCGCAGCCCGGAGGGGUCCCAGGGGCUGUUCCCGGCGGAGUGCCUGGAGGCGUCUUCUUCCCAGGCGCUGGUCUCGGAGGCCUGGGAGGAGCACUGGGCCCUGGAGGCAAACCACCCAAGCCAGGGGCUGGACUCCUUGGGGCAUUUGGGCCAGGGCUUGGGGCCUUUCCUGCAGGGGCCUACCCAGGAGCUCUGGUGCCCGGCGGCCUGGCUGGCGCUGCUGCAGCCUAUAAAGCCGCUGCCAAGGCCGGUGCUGCGGGGCUUGGUGGGGUCGGUGGCUUAGGAGUGUCUGCAGGUGCGGUGGUACCUCAGCUCGGAGCAGGAGUUGGAGCUGCAGGGAAGCCCGGGAAGGUGCCAGGUGUGGGGCUCCCAGGUGUAUACCCAGGUGGAGUGCUCCCAGGCGCAGGAGCUCGGUUCCCUGGUGUAGGGGUGCUCCCUGGGGUUCCCACUGGAGCAGGAGUCAAGCCCAAGGCCCCAGGUGGAGGCGGAGCUUUUGCUGGAAUCCCAGGAGUUGGACCCUUUGCAGGUCAGCAGCCUGGAGUCCCUCUGGGGUACCCCAUCAAGGCACCCAAGCUGCCAGGUGGCUACGGACUGCCCUACAGCACUGGGAAACUGCCCUUUGGCUACGGGCCUGGAGGAGUAGCUGGUGCCGCAGGCAAGGCCGGGUACCCGACGGGGACAGGGGUUGGCGCACAGGCAGCAGCAGCAGCAGCAGCUAAAGCAGCAGCAAAGCUUGGUGCCGGAGGAGCCGGAGUUCUCCCAGGUGGUGGCAUUCCUGGCGGGCCCGGCGUGAUUCCUGGCAUCGGAGGCAUCGCAGGGGUCGGGGCCCCAGAUGCUGCUGCUGCUGCUGCCGCUGCCGCUAAGGCAGCCAAAUAUGGAGCUGCUGGAGGCUUAGUGCCUGGUGGGCCAGGCUUUGGCCCAGGAGCAGUCGGCAUCCCAGGAGUUGGAGUCCCAGGUGUUGGGGUCCCAGGUGUUGGAGUCCCUGGUGUUGGAGUCCCAGGUGUUGGAGUCCCUGGUGUUGGAGUCCCAGGUGUUGGGGUCCCAGGUGUUGGAGUCCCAGGGGCUGUGCCACCAGCUGCAGCUGCUAAAGCAGCAGCCAAAGCGGCCAAAUUCGGGGCCAGAGGCGGAGUGGGAGUUGGAGGUAUUCCCACUUACGGCGUUGGUGCUGCGGGCUUUCCUGGCUACGGUGUCGGAGUCGGAGGUGUUCCUGGGGCUGGCCUUUCCCCUGCAGCCCAGGCAGCGGCCGCCAAGGCAGCCAAGAUCGGUGCUGCAGGAGCCCUGGGAGGGCUGGUGCCCGGUGCCGGAAAAAUACCAGGUGUGCCAGGCGCUGAAGGGGUACCAGGGGCAGGGAUCCAGGCAGCUGCAGCCGCCAAAGCAGCCGCCAAAGCAGCCCCGUUCGGGUUAGUCCCGGGUGUCGGUGUGGGUCCCGGUGUCGGUCUGGGUCCCGGAGUCGGCGUGGGUCCCGGUGUUGGCAUUGGCCCCGGUGGUGUCAUAGGAGCAGGGGCCCCAGCUGCAGCCAAAUCCGCUGCUAAGGCGGCCGCCAAAGCCCAGUUCCGGGCCGCCGCUGGGCUUCCUGCCGGCGUUCCCGGAUUUGGAGCCGGUGUUGGAGUUCCUGGACUUGGAGUUGGUGUUGGUGUUCCUGGAUUUGGGGCAGGUGCAGUACCCGGAGCCCUGCCCGCAGCUAAAGCUGCCAAGUAUGGACCAGCAGGGGUCGGGGCCCUUGGAGAGCUUGGAGAUCUUGGUGGAGUCGGUGUCCCAGGUGGUGUGGCAGGAGCCGGACUCGAUGCUGUGGCUGCUGCCGCCAAAGCUGCUGCCAAAGCCGCCCAAUUUGGGUUGGGGGGAGUCGGUGGGCUCGGAGUCGGAGGACUUGGAGUUGGAGGGCUUGGAGUUGUCCCAGGGGCCGGGGUCCUUGGAGGUGUGCCCCCAGCUGCAGCUGCUAAAGCAGCCAAAUUUGGUGCCGCUGGCCUUGGAGGUUUCCUAGGUGCCACCAGGCCAUUCCCAGUUGGAGGUGUCGCAGCAAGGCCUGGCUUCGGACUGUCUCCUAUUUUCCCAGGUGGCGGAGCCGGGGGCCUGGGAGUUGGCGGCAAACCUCCCAAGCUCUACGGAGGGGCCCUGGGAGCCCUGGGAUACCAAGCUGGGGCCUGCCUGGGGAAAUCCUGUGGCCGGAAGAGAAAGUGAGCUUCCCAGGACCCCUGACUCACGACCUCAUCAACGUUGGUGCUACUGCUUGGUGGAGAAUGUAAACCCUUUGUGACCCCCCCCA